AUGCGCAUGUCCUGCCCGCCAUAUCCCGCGACUGCGCUUUGCUGUACAUUCCAUCAUCCACCGCCUAACGUUAUCUAUUCAGAGCAUCGAUAAGAAAGAAACCAUUGCAACCAAAAGUUUGUAAGGCGAUAUUACCAUGAUUGUCAAUAGCUAUAGUGUCUAAUCAAUUUAGUGGAAUAUAGUGAACUAAUUAGAUUAUUGUCUCUGAUGUACCAACGUGCUGGAACCCUCGUAUUCUUACUACUUCUUGCAUUGGAAUCCAGAUAUUGUUCGUCCAGUACACAAAAUGAGCCAAAAAUAUCGCUUACCUCGGUGCAAGCCUGGGCAGUCAAACUCGGCACUGAGGUGUAUCAUUUUGGGGAAUUCAUUACAAGAAAGAAAGAAGUCCAAGAUAGUUAUAAGUCGGCACAAAUUGAAUCGAGAGAUGGCGAAAAGUUAGUUCAAAGUAUGGCAGACGAUAUUCGAGCUAUGAUGGAACUGAAGGUGAGCGCGGUGAAGAGAAUAGUGGAAGCGGCGGAAAACAUGGCUUUUGACAAACAAAAUGAGCCCGUACCUGAUGACUUUCAAUUUUACAAUAGCAAAGAAAUGGAUGAACCUUAUGACUUUACAUUUACUACUACGACGGCGGAACCUGAGUUUGUUAUGGAACAUUGGAUCAAUCGGCCACCGUCGAAAAGCGCUCAUCUGGUUCAAAAUGCACACUUCUCUAAUAUACCUGUGAACGUUAACUUUAGUAGUGUACAUGUUCCCAGUAAUGUGUAUGCUUGGGCAAAUGAAACUAUUAAAGGUAUUCGUUGGUCUGAAGGUUUGGAUGCGCACUUUAAAGAUAAUUACCAAAGUGACCCGACGCUUUCAUGGCAAUAUUUCGGCAGUUCUACGGGUUUCAUGAGACAUUAUCCAGCAAUGAAAUGGCGAGCAGAACCAGUAGAUAUUUACGAUUGUCGUACAAGAGCUUGGUACAUGGAAGCUGCUGCUAGUCCUAAAGACGUAGUGAUUCUUGUAGAUCGUAGUGGAUCAAUGACCGGACAGAGACGAGAUAUAGCAAAGCAUGUCGUCACUAAUAUUUUAGACACUCUGGGUAACAAUGAUUUUGUAAACGUCUUGACUUUCGCUAAUACUGUGGAAGAAAUCGUACCCUGUUUUGCUGAAUCUCUAGUACAGGCUACACUCAGUAAUUUACGAGAGUUGAAAUUGGCGUUGGACAGUUUUGAAACAAACGAGAUAGCAAAUUUCUCUGCAGCGCUAACGAAAGCUUUUGAACUUUUGGAAAUAUACAGAAACAACAGUGGUGGAGCAAAUUGUAAUCAGGCUAUAAUGUUGGUUACGGAUGGAGUUCCCUAUAACUACAAGGAGAUCUUUGAAAAAUUCAAUUGGAAAUACGAUACCCCAGUGCGAGUGUUCACGUACCUGAUAGGUCGCGAGGUAAAGGUGGCGGAUGUAAGAGAGGUUAAGUGGAUGGCGUGCGCAAAUCGGGGGUAUUAUGUGCAUCUCAGCACGCUGGCUGAAGUGCGCGAACAGGUCCUGGAGCACGUUAACGUACUGGCAAGACCGCUCGUGCUGCAGCGAGAAAAGCAUCCUGUAGUUUGGACACCAGUUUAUGCUAAUAUUACCGACCCGAAAGUAGCAGAUUAUCUUUGGGAACAAAGGGAGAGAGCAGAGCAAAAAGAGCGCUUCAUGAGUCAGCGCAGAGAUAAAGCUUUAUUCAACUCCGAGAAGGAACAAGAUCGUCGUUGGAAAAUUACUCAAAUGAAACAAGGACAAUACAGUGAGAUUGGGAACUCAGUGUACCAGCUAAUGACGUCAGUGUCGAUGCCCGUCUAUGAUCUACGCCACAACGAGAACAUCACAGAGAAUGUACUGAUAAAUGAAGCUUACUGGGUAUCAGUUACGAAAGAGUCCGUAGAGGAGAACGGCCAGAGAGAGAUGCGUAUAGCUAGAUUGUUGGGAGUAGCCGGCACGGAUGUUCCUUUGUCUGAAAUACAGGCUUUAAUGACUCCAUAUAAGAUUGGAGUAAACGGGUAUGCCUUCAUGGUAACAAAUAACGGUUACAUUUUAAUACAUCCUGAUCUGAGGCCUGUGUUUCAAGGAAUUUUGAAACCGAGUUACAAUAGCGUCGAUAUGGUAGAAGUUGAACUAUUUGAUGACGACAGAAAGCCCAGGGAAUUCAGCAAAGAAUUAACAGCACUGCGUCAAGAUAUAAUAGAUCAGAAGACGGGUAACAAGAUUAUGAACGUGAAAUAUCACAUGGAAGAUAUGAGAAGAGUAUCGCGUGCCAAACGACAUUAUUUUUGGACGGGUAUCAGUGAUUCCCCCUUCACUCUAGUGGUGGCAAUUCCGGAGAACUAUGGCCGCCAUCGAAUCACACCUCCACCUACAGACGACAUUCACCGCCUUUCAUUGACGUCAAAGAACGUUUCUGCGAAACAAUACUUGUCUGAUAAAUGGAGCAUUCAUCCUGACUGGUUAUACUGUCGUCACUACGAACGCACUUUUAAGUCUCCUGAAGAAGAGCUUUCGUACUUUUUGGAGCGCGUAGCGAAACCAGGAUGGCGUUGGCCUGCCAAACCACGUCCUCCGGAACACCACAAAAACAAGGGACAUGAGCGACAUAACAACGGUACGCCAGAGACACGGGAGCGCACUAAGGUACUAAAUAACACUCCAAGGAAUGAGUAUUAUUGCGACCACGGAUUGAUGCAAGCAUUAGUUUACGAUGCCAGGAACACCGCAUGGUUCAACAAGAGCAUCUCGGAAUCUGCUUCAGAGGAAAAGGCCCCAUUGACAAAAGUGAUUGGAUUAUUACCGAGGGCGGAGUUCAUCCAGAGGUUCGGUUACAUAGUGGCGUUCCUUGCUACCCACAGUGGCCUAACUAGGUGGCAGACCCAUCCUCCAAAGGAAAAUAGCAGUGAAAAUGACAAACCAGAAUUCGGCAAGCAAUAUCCUCGAGCAAUAGACGAGGUCUGGUACCGACGAGCUGUAGAACAACACUACAUAGAUCCUCUAAGUUACGUUUACAGCGUUGACCUGAACACUGAUAAGUUCCCUCUCAACGUGAACACGGCUACGAUUACAGCAGCCCAUGCUGUGUUUCAUGGAGAUAGCCACAAGAAGGCCCCAGCUGCUGUUGUAGGGUUUCAGUUCAAACACGAGAGACUUCAAGAAUGGUUCGAGAAUAUUACUUCUUCAUGUGAACACAAAGUCUGUACAACGUGCGAUUCGGUUAACUGGGAAUGCUACCUGGUGGACAGCAAUGCUUGGGUCGUUGUUAGUAAAAAUAUAAACCAUACAGGUCAAUUUUUCGGAAGAGUAAGGCCAGAUGUCUUGAAAAAGCUAGUAGAUGAAGAUGUAUUUAGAGCUGUUCAUGUAGUGGACUACCAGGCUGUAUGCUUCCGGGAAAAGAAAACUACAAAUUUCGGAGCCAUGUUGAAAACGCCUUUAGAAAAUCUGCGGCUUAUUGUGACAUGGUUCCUGACGACGACUGCUUGGCUUUUGAACUCUGUAGCAACAGUCACGGGUCAAGCAUCUAGCUAUUCGUUCGACGAUGAAUAUGUAACACCCACUGCUUAUCAGAAUUACGAGGGCGAUGAUGAUUUAGAUGAAGGUGAUAUGUCAAAUAAGCCCGCAUCUAAAGCUGUUGAACGCGACUUUGAGAAGCUAGUCCUUAUCAAUCGAACUAGACCGACGCCCUGUGACAGAGAGAUGUAUGUUUACCAGUUAGAAUACAACAAUUUGGACGAGAAAUUGAAUAAACCUUUGAACGAUUGCAAAAGACCUUUCUACGUCCAACUGGUCAACUAUACGAAUAUGUUAUUGGUGGUAGUGGACGGAUUGUGCCCAGUUGAAGAGGUGACAGUACCUGGUGUAGAACCAACGGAGGUGAACUAUAAUGAAUCAUUACCCUGUCUGAAACAUGCAAAACCCCUGUAUAGAAAACAGCCUGCUUCGUGUAUCAGAAAUCAUACUGAGGAAAGCAACAUCGAUAUGUGCGGCCGUGGUACUCUACCAACCGGCAAUCUGUUCUGGAUAUCAUCUGUCAUUUUUUUCGUGUUCAAAUACUGGGUUUAACUUUUAAAGAGUCUUAAAAUUUAAUUAAAGCUUGAUAUGUAUUUUGUUCCCGGGAAUUUGAUAGUUUGUAAUAGGUACUAAAAUAAUAUAAUUGCUGUUCUAGUCAACAAGACUUUGAUUGUGUUUAUUAUUAGUCUGUGAAAUCUUUUGUCAUGACGUAAUCUUAGUUGGUAUAGUAGACUUAGUAAACUACAUGUCAUUUCCACAUAUCAGACAUAAAUGUAUUAUUUAUUUUAUUAGAUUAGAAAAAAACUCCUAAGGUGCCACAUUGUGAGGCAUUAGAUGUGAUAUCCAUAUCACACAUUCAAUUUGGAUAGAUAUUUUCUAUUAAAUUCCAUAGUUUUAUAAGGCAGGCAAGCAGUAAAAUAUAAAAUUCAAUAAAAUAAUUAGAUAGCUUUCGAUAACCAAUUGGCAUUUUGAAUUUCAUAUU